AUGUCCACCCUGUCCACCUCCACUUCCUCCUCCAAUGGGCCUCAACCUCCCGGCGCCAUGGGAGAAUCUGUCGGCCCCAUCUUCGUCAACCCCUACGCCACGGUCGCCGUCAAGUCGCACAUCCCCAUGACGCUCGAGCUGAAGAACUCCAACUUCAGCAAGUGGUCCUCAUUCUUCCGCGCCAUGUGCGGCAAGUUCGGCUUGCUAGCACACGUCAACGGCACUGCUCCUCCCCGCUGCACCGACCCGGCAUGGGAGCAAGCGGACUGCUGCAUCCGUAGCUGGUUGUUUGGCUCCAUCUUCGAUGCCGUCCUUGACCUCGCCAUGGACGGCAUCGACCAAAUGGCCCGUCAACUCUGGGUAGCCAUCGACAACCUGUUCCAAGCGAACAAGGCCCCCCGUGCUAUCUUCCUGAGCCAUGAAUUCCAUUCAAUGACUCAGGGCGACUUGUCCAUUGAUGACUACUACCACCGCAUGAAGACCACCAUCGACGCCCUCCGCAACAUCGGUCAGCCUGUCUCAGAGCCUACACUAGUGCUGAACCUGCUGCGUGGCCUCACCAAGCCCUACUCCACCACCGCGGACAACAUCGCCGCCAACUCCGACCUCACAUUCGCCGCUGCACGGAAUCAACUUCUCCUGAAGGAGCUGCACCUGAAGAAUGCAGAGAAUGUCACAGCUGCUUCUGCCCUCGUUGCCAGCUUUGCACCAUCCUGUGGCCACUCCAGCUACCGCUCCUCAUCUUCGCAAGGUGUUAGGCAGCAGCAACAGCAGCGUAAUGAUGGCCAGCGGCAUAACAAGCCCUACGGCGGUGGCGGCUAUAGCACCAAUGGUGGGACUGGUGGUGGUGGCUAG